UAAUCAAAUUGGAUCAAAUGAAUCAUAUGGCAAAACAAAGAGGAUAAUAACAAGUAAACGCUAAAUUCCAUUCUCCAUCUUAUUUUGAAAGGCGUCACCGGAAGCUUCGCAUAACCGUUCGGGUACCUCGAAGUCGAGGAGCAGUGACGCCAUCUUGAAAUUCGUCCCGACCGGAGGAGGCGAGGAGGAGACGGACUUCGGGGGAGAAAAAGGCAGCUCGUCCUCAACCCGGUGGCCACGGUAGCUGCGCGGAUUCACGGCAGCUCCGCGGGUUAUUGCUCACACGUGACACCGUUUCCACUCGUUUACUCGGGUCAUUUCCACCGGGGAGAAGGUUGUUUGGCCCACUUUGGAGCUCCGUAAUCGGCUGUUUCCCCGUUGGAUCGGACGGGAGGGGAGAGAGAGAGAGAGAGGAUUGCCGAGCUUCCACACGGAUAUAAAACAACAACAACAACACCCCGCUUUAAGCAGUCUUGUUUUUCUUCUACUUCUUGUUUGCUUGGUUUUUUUUUUUAAACUGAAGCCCCAUCGCGGAGAGAAGUUUGAGAGUGGAGUGCGCUUGAUUCCAGUCCGAUGGAUGUGCGCCCUGCCCGGCUGUGGCUCGGCUCUCCGCCCCGCUGGUCCGUCCGGACCACCGCUGCAGACACGUUCAUGACAGCCCCGGCGUGAGCGCCAACGAGUCGCCCUCCAUUGCCUCUCCGGACCUGGAAAUACCUCCGAACAUCUCCUCCCUCUUCUUCACACCCCUUCUGUUUUUUUUUGGGGGGGGGGGGGGGGGGACUAGAAAGGCUUGACCUGGGAUAUUUGGGAUUUCCAAAUUGACGUUUUUAAAGAUGUCUCUUUUUGCAGAGACGAUGCUCUCUGGAGCAGCAAGACAUUUCAUUUGAGACUAUCUUUUUAGCUUUUGUUCUAGUUGGAGGAUCAGAUUCGGAUGGAAAAUGGGAGACGCCACCAAACUGGCCUUCGCCGUUUUCCUCAUCUCCUGCUCUUCAGGUGCCAUCCUGGGACGCUCGGAGACGCAAGAAUGCGCCUACUACAACGCCAGCUGGGAGAAGGAGCGCACCAACCGCAGCGGCAUCGAGCCCUGCUACGGCGACAAGGAGAAGCGGCGCCACUGCUUCGCCACGUGGAAGAACAUCUCCGGCGCCGUGGAGGUGGUCCGGCAGGGCUGCUGGCUGGACGACGUCAACUGCUACGACAGUAACGAGUGUGUGGAGAGGAAGGAGAGCCCCGACGUCUUCUUCUGCUGCUGCGAAGGCAACCUGUGCAACGAGAGGUUCCUGUACGCCCCGGACGCCACGCCGCAGAUCUACCCGCACCACUCCACCGCCUACACCACCUCCAACCCAUUUUCCCAGAAGCCCCAGCUCUUAAGCACCCUGCUGUACUCCCUGGUGCCCAUCAUCGGCCUGGCCACCGUGGUGCUCUUCUCCUUCUGGAUGUGGAGGCAUCACAAACUGGCCUACCCGGCCGCCCUCGUCCCCACACAUGACCCCGGGCCUUUGCCCCCGUCCCCCAUCCUGGGUCACAAGCCCCUGCAGCUCAUCGAGAUGAAGGCCAGGGGGCGCUUCGGCUGCGUGUGGAAGGCCCAGCUGCUCAACGACUUCGUGGCCGUGAAGAUCUUCCCCAUUCAGGACAAACUGUCGUGGCAGAACGAGUACGAGAUCUUCAGCGUGUGCGGCAUGAAGCACGACAACAUCCUCCACUUCAUCGGCGCCGAGAAGAGGAGCAACAACCUGGACCUGGAGCUGUGGCUCAUCACCGCCUACCACGAAAAGGGCUCGAUGACAGACUUCCUGAAGGCCAACGUGGUGUCGUGGAACGAGCUGUGCCACAUCAUCAAGACGGCGGCCCGCGGCCUGGCCUACCUCCACGAAGACAUCCCGGGACACAAGGAGGGGCACAAGCCCUCCAUCGCUCACAGGGACAUUAAGAGUAAGAACGUGCUGCUGAAGACCAACCUGACCGCCUGCAUCGCCGACUUCGGCCUGGCCCUGCAGUUCGAGGCGGGGAAAUCGGCGGGGGACACACACGGACAGGUGGGGACGCGGCGCUACAUGGCUCCCGAAGUCCUGGAGGGCGCCAUCAACUUCCAGCGCGACUCCUUCCUGCGCAUCGACAUGUACGCCUUCGGCCUCCUCCUCUGGGAGCUGGCGACGCGAUGCACCGUGGCCGACGGCCCCGUGGGCGAGUACAUGCUCCCCUUCGAGGAGGAGGUGGGGCAGCACCCGUCUCUGGAGGACAUGCAGGACGUCGUCGUCCACAAGAAGCUGCGGCCCGUCCUGAGAGACUGCUGGCAGAAACACGCGGGUCUGGCCAUGCUCUGCGAGACCAUCGAGGACUGCUGGGACCACGAGGCGGAGGCGCGCCUGUCCGCCGGCUGCGUGGAGGAGCGCGUCGGCCAAAUGCAGCGGCCCGAGGAGGUCGUCACCGUCGUCACCAUGGUGACCAACGUGGACCUCCAGCCCAAGGAGUCCAGCUUGUGAUCGCAGAACACGGAUGAUGAGCGGCCGACCCCGAUUGGUUUGGCAAAGUGUUUUUUUGGUUCUUUUCUUUCUCCAUUUUUCCGGGUUAUUUUUUUUGGGGGGGGGUCCUUUAAGUGCGGGCCACUACUCGCGUUCAGGAAACCAGCCGGCGCCUCACCACGUCAACCGAUGCCCGUUUUGGGGAUUUUAACACUUUAACAGUCGAAACUUUUAACGAUUCAGGAGAACACGCACACACACACACACACACACAGAGGAGGGCGGCCUGCCCUGCUCCACAGAGAGAAGAUCUGCCGGAGAACAUUUCACAGAACUCUCGCUGCGUUUUAGUGUAAAACCGCAAGAAAAAAAACGAAAAGAAGAGGAAGAAGAGGAAGACGAGCGCCUCUCGAUACUUUUUUCUCUCGUUUCCUCUGAAGAGACGACGGCGGUUCUGCCAACAAGCAACGGCUUCUGAAUGUUCAUAGUGCAAUGCUGCUGUACAUAGUGUAUCAUGGAGCCACCACGUGGCAACAAGCUUAUUUUAAGGGGGGGGGGUGGGGCAUCUUCAAGCAUUACGACGAUAAGAACAACAAACCAUGCACCUCCUUCAACAGGUAUACCUCAGUUCAGACGGUCUCAAUUAGUCCCGGUUCAGUCGUAGUUCAUCCAGACCACCCGCUGUCAGCCGAGGCUCAUGGGUUAUGAAGUCGGCGAAAACUCUCGUUUCCCCCCCCCCCCCCAUCUAAAAUCUCACGGGUUUUUUUCUUUUUUUUGCUCCACUUUUGAUUUGUGACUGAAUAUUAAACUUUCUCCUUUUUUUUGGUUUUAUUUCUUUUUCUCUCUUUUGAGAUUUUAUUCUGACUAUUUGAAAAAAAGAAAAGAAAGAGCCCACCUGGGUUCACACCUGUAUCUAGCUGAGCCAGCUCGCUUUGGAUUUGAUUGUGCACACACACACACACACACACACACACCUCCACACACCUCCUUUUUAUUCUUUUAUUAUUACUAUCAGGAGUUUCUGCUCUCUUUUGAUACACCUCAGGAAACUUUGCUACUCACCACGGACUCGCAUCCUCUUCCUCCUCCUCUUCCUCACCCGUCUCAGACUGGAGUACCUCCUCUCUCUCUCUCUUUCCCUCUCUCUCUCUCUCUCUCCACAUUUAGCCAUGCCGUCGAGAUCAGAAACGGAUCACACGUCGUCUCGGUGUUUUUUGUGUCGACGGCGCGGCGGCCUGCAGCGAGUCGAGGCUCCUCCCCCCCGGUGCCAUCUCCACGUCUCCAUGUCCGUCUCGUAGAUGUCAGGCAGAACGGAUGUACGACGCUCGCCGUCGAGACACACGGCGACGCUUUUCUUUAUUUUUCGGAGUCUUUUUUUCCUCCUGAGGGACGCCCGGCGGUCUCUCCUCAAAGCCUUUGGGACGGUUUCACAAGACGCAGUUUAAAAUCAGGCCUUUGAAAAUCAGAUGCACGAAAUUAAAUUAACCACUUCACCUUCAGGGUAAAUUAUAAUCACGCUUUCAUCCUCGCUAUAUGCCACAUGUUCCCCAACCAUCCCAUCUUCUGUAAUACUUUGCUUACUUAAUAAAUACAAACAAAAGGCCGUUUCCCACCAAACAACCAGGAGCGACGUGAGCUAAUAACAGCCUGAAGCGGAGCGGGUAAAGGAGGAGGAAGUGGCGUCCAUGUCUUUUACAACACAGCAAACCUGAAGGAAGUGAAAGCCAUCUUCUUAUUAAAUCGAUAUCGCUUCCCGUUGCUGCUGAAGAAGGUCAAGGGUCAAAUGCCCCAAUCAGCACUACCUCGCUCACAGGGAUCUCUGGGGGAAGAACCACCAGCGGGUUCUCCCGGUAGGAAAAGGGAUUAAACGGUUCCCGUUGGGGGAUUAUUUCUGGGAGUAAACUCUCAAGGCUCCCCAUAAAUCUGAGACGGCUCCAUCAACCUGUUUCAAGGAGAAACGCCAGUAUUACUCUCUUCUGUGCAGCGGUACCGGCCAGUAUUUGAGCAGCCGGGUGGACCCCAAAGACCGCCUCCAAGCGGUCCACGUGGUUACCUGCCAGAACUCGAGCGAGCCAGGUUCCGGUCCCGGAGCCCACCGGCUGGAGUUUAAAGUGCGCUUGAGAAACCGACCCAAACCCACGACACCAUUCAGGGAUUCAGAACUAUGCUUUUCUAAGUUAUAUGCAACCAGUGCCGCAAAUUACCCGAAACUUCUGCAGGAUCAGCUGCAGGAGUGACUUUCAAUACUCGCAGAUGACUUGUAGCAUUUUAAUUUGAACUUUUUUUUAUUUGAUUUUAUCCGUUACCUUGCAUAUUGAUGUGUUGUAUUUAUUUUUUAAUUUACAAGUUUGAGGUUUUGGGGUUUAUCAAGAACUCGGGCGCGACUCUGAAUAAAGAGUCGGCACGACGUACGGUGGUUAUUGUUGUUGUUGUGGGCGGGGGGGGGGGGGUUCAGUUGUUAUUCAGGAAAUACUUUCAUUACUAAAGAAAAGAUAUAAACUGUAACGUGCUUCUUUCUAUUCAGUCUAUGGACAAAACGACCGAGAAUGAAUGUCGUCCGGCCUCCUGGACUCCAGUCUUGUGUGUCCCGUGGUGGAUUGAGCCCCGUGUAACUCCAGAGGGCUUCGGGUUCGGCCGGUUUUGUGUGAUUGUGCCCCGUCGCCGUAGAAACCGGUAAAGCCGACGCACGCCGAGGUCCGUCCACGCACCUGCUGGUCGUACGGUGAACUGGCCCUACGGCCGCAAAGAAAAGAAAAGUGAAACUUCCUCAAACCUCACCUCCAAGAAGCAUAUCAGAUGAUCCUAAAUGCUCCCAUUCGGUUUCCCUUCAUCCAACACUUCCCCCUCAGGGUCGACCACCUGAAGGUGUGUGAGCGGGGGCCUCGGCUCGCCGGCUUUACGGGUUUCUCUGGACUUCCUGUCGCCCAGCGCCUCUCGUCGCUGCGCUUAUUAACUACCAGUGGAACAUUUGUGUCUUGUUGCCCCCACUAUUUUAGGAUCUGUACAGACAUGAGAACAUAAAUACCUGUAUCAACUAUAUACUCUGAGCUGAAUCUUUAUAAGUGCGUGUUGAACUUCGGUGUUUCCUCUUCAUUCAUUUCUACUUCUCUCGUGUUUCGCCUCGUCGGCGGGGCAGAAAACGUCCUGACGGCGACUCCGGUUGAGCUUCGUGUUGGCUGAAAGCUAGAGGCUCAUCGGAGUCCUCAAGGCAUCCAGGAAAGCACUUACGGGUUCCUCGGCAGAACAAUAGAACCAGCGGUUAAACCCCACGGCGUUCCUCAGGGUACCUACGCGGGUCCCCUGCAAUUUGAAGAACCCCCAAAAGCUCUUUAGCAUCAGUUGCAAUAAAUAAAAACUCCACGUGGCGACGCAACCACCCACGACGGGGGGUCUCAUUCCAGCAUCUCGAGCUCCUCCUUUCCCAGCCGGCGGUAAGACGUUGACCUCCCGUGACCUCGCCGUGGAGACGGUCUCGGCAGCGGGAUCAGGUUCCGGUUGCCAGGCUGGAGAUUUCUACCCCCCCCAAAAAAAUCAAACAAACCCCCUAAAAACACUACGAGCGUUUUUGACCCCGCGUUUCUCAAGGCUCUCGAGUCGCGGCGCUGAUCCAGGAUCUGCCCACACAGCCCGCCGUGGUGACGGCGCUCACAGGGUUUCUGGUUUUAACGGUUGGAAGAAACUGAAUCUGAUCAUUUUGUUUUUGGUCACCCAAAAAAUCUCUAAACUGAUGAACUUUGUGUUUUUUUUACUCCUGAAAUAUGUGAAAAGGAACUUGUGUUAGAAGGCGUUCUCACCCUGACCUUUGACCUCCUAGGGAGGAAUCAGAGAAAAGAAAAGUAUUAAAGGACCCUCCAGAAACCCUGGAAACGUUACCACGGGCUAGACAAAACAGAUCCCAGAUCAGCGCUGACACUCGGUUUUUAUUGGCUGAAGUGAUCCACGUGAUGUAAAUAAAUGUGUUUUUAGAUUGUGAA